UAGAGCUCUUUUUUUUGUACACAGCGACGUAUGGAGCAAGCAAUUGACGGCCAUAACAGCUCCCGUUCAAUGUCAUAUCCAAGCAAUUCCACAUAAAAACACACACUAUGUUUACCUCGGCGUUGACGCGCCCCGCGCGCACGUCGCUCUCCCGGCCCGCACCACUUCUCCUCCGCCUCCAAGCAGCAUCAAGAUCUAUAUCCACACUCCCAAACAACCCACACAUCUACGUCCACCAACACCCCAUCCACCCAAACUCGCACAUCCUCUCCCUCCUCCCCACCACCCCACCGACCCAAUCCCUCGCAAUCGGCACCACGACCUCCCUCCCCCCAACUCCAGAGUCCUUCACCGAGAACACCGAGUUUCUCGAAAUCCUCCAAUCCGUCUUUAAGGCCCACGCAUCCAGCGACCCAGACGUCCGCCAACAAGCCGCCGUCUUCUCCACCCCGGGCGCGGGUGGCUUCAGCUUCAACACCGGCCGGUCGGGUGCGCGCGGGGCGCACCAAGCGGGCAGGCAGCAGGAGAGCGUGAGUAGAGGCGGUUGGAUACAUAUUAGCGAUACGAGGAAUCCGCCUGAUUGGGGGAGGAUCGCGUGGCCUGAGGAUAUAUUUGGGAGUGUGGAGGUUGAUGGUCAGGGUGCGUUUGUCGAGGGUGAUGGGAGGUAUCAACCUAGUGGGACGUAUAGGGUUGUAAGUAGGGAGGGCAUAUUGGGAAUACCGGCGUUCCUGAGGGGGAAGCUCGUGGAGAGGUUGCAGGAGUUGGAGAAGGGAGGGAAGUAGAGAGGCGUAAUCGUUUGGUGUGAAGAGAGAUGAGUGUAAGAAUAUGUGUAUAUAAAAUCCAAGGUAUAUGUUCAAAAGCAUGGGCUACGAUACAACACAGUACGAUACAAUAGGUCUUCUAUGGGUAUCAUCUUGCCAAGUCUCACAUCUGCGGCACAGCUACAAGUUGCCUGCCUCCAACUCUUUCAGAAAAGCCCGCGAGAAUCGA